AUAAGGGAUCAUCAAGAGUAUGAAGUCCUCCCCCCGAUCCUCCAGUUGAUCCACGGGGCGCCGCCAAACUCUGCUGCGCUUCCGCUUCUUCAACUCGACGACGAACUUUCCCCCCACUCCGACAUAUUCCCCCCCUCCAGGUUCAACAUAGGUUUCUCAUCAUGACCGAUCAAAAGACCCAGCAGCCCAAGGCCUUUGUGGUUGAGCACCUGGAUCCCGAACUGGGGCCAUGGUCCGCCUUGGAAUACGCUGCCAUUGCCCGUGAAUCCCAUGCGAGCGGCGCUCGCUUCUUGCUCAGUUCGGUGCCCGCCGAGCUGCAGUUGCCCGCCGAUCUGGCUGCUACCAAGGGCUUGGAGGUUGAGCAGCGCAGUGUCGAGGAGAUUUUUGCGGACCGUAAGGACAAGGUCUGUCUGUUGGAUCCUGCCGCCACGACGGAGUUGAACCCGGACGAUGGCGAUAUCUUUGAGGUCUUUUUGUUUGGUGGUAUUCUCGGUGAUGAUCCGCCUCGCGAUCGCACUUCCGAACUACGUAAGAAGGGCUACAUCGGUCGUCGCCUCGGGCCCAAGCAGAUGACGACUGAUACCGCCGUGCGGGUGACACGCAUGGUGGUCCAUGAACGAGUGCCCCUCGAGAAGAUUCCAUACGUGGAUUACCCCGAGAUUUUGAUCAAUGAGCACGAGCGGACCGAGAUGCCGUUCCGGUACGUGACAGAUGCCCAGGGCGAGCCUAUCAUGCCCGAUGGGAUGGUGGAUCUGAUUAAGAACGAUGCCGACAAGGGCGUCGGUGAUCUUUUCUGAGAAGGGACAGGCUCCACGUCUUCACACCAAAAAAACACGAUUACCCUCUAGGUCAAAACGCCGCGCGGUUUCAGAUGAUGAUCCCGAUCAUACUUAUCCUAUUUCUGGAAUUAUGAUUGUUCCGUGCUUCUUAUAGGAAGUUUCACUAUCUUGGCCUCCUACAUUGCUGGCCAUAAUUCUGUGCUAAGUUAAACUACUGGGUGGACUCUUGCAUUUCCGACCAAGGGGGAAAGAUCGAGACACUUCGAAACCACGGAUUGUAGCGGCCGUAAAUAGAUGUCAAUAGGAAAAAUUAACAUUCCUUC